AUGAGAAUCAUAUAAAAAACUUCAGGAACAGUAUAUUAAACUUAUUUGAAUAAAUCAAAUCAAAAUUACAAAUAUCCUUUGUUAAAACUAACAAAACCUAGUUUCUUUCAUGAUCUCCCUGCUGAAUAAGUAGAAUUAUAUAAAUUUAAACCUUAACAUAGUAAAAAGUAUACUGGCAUACUAACAGUGGCAGGAUUAUUUAUCUCUGUUAACAUAUUUUGUCUACUUGAAUUAAAAUAUCGUGAAGAUUUGAAUUUAAGAAAUCCUGGAGCAGUUAAUUGUUAAGAAAAGGCUUAGAUAAACUUUUUCCUUAACAUGGCAAGGGUUUUCACUCACAAAUUCCUUGUUACUAAUUUCUUUUUAAUAACUCCUGAUUUGAAACCUUCUUCAAAUAUUACUGUUGAAAAUGCAACCAUUCCUAAAUAUAGGGAAAAAUUAAUGAAAUUAAAGUAGUUCGACUUCUACAAAGAAAGAAGAGAUAAUCUUUUUGAUUUUGCAAUGAUUGGAGAAUAAGAAAACAUUCCUAUUUUCUGA